AAUGAUUGAAUUAAAUAAGCGUGUAAUGCUAAAAGAAUUUAAAGGGGUUGUUAAAUAUUGUGGAGAAGUUGAAGGAACAACAGGAAUUUGGAUUGGCGUUGAUUGGGAUAAUAAAGAAAGAGGGAAACACAAUGGAAGUUUUAAUGGAAAACAAUACUUUGAAGCUUUGUCAGCAACUUCUGGCUCUUUUGUUAGAGAAAAAGAUUUGGAAUUUGGAACAGACUUGAUUGAUGAAAUUAAUGAAAAAUAUGCUUCAAAUUCAAAAAUGGAUGAAAUAAAAAUUCAAGAUUCUUCUUCAGCUAAAAUAUUUGAAUUUGUUAAAAUGGACAAAAUUUAUUCAAAACAAAAACAAAUAUUUAAACUAAAAUGCAUUGUUUUGAGUUUUUCAAAAGUUUCUCAUCUCAAUUUAAAUAAACUUGGCCAAUUUAAAUUUAAUUUUUGUUUGGAACUGGAUUUAUGUUCAACAUUAAUUGGAAAAUGGAAUGAUUUAAUUAAUAUUUUGUUGGCCUUUCCUGCUCUUAAAAUUCUUAAUUUGGAUUGUAAUCGAAUCGAACCUUUGGAAGACUGCACUACCAAAGAAAUUGAAAAUAUUGAUAAUAAUUUAGAUGUUUUUAAAGGAAUUACCCAACUUUCUCUAAAUGAAUGUAAUUUGACUUGCCAAACGGCUUUAAACAUUUCAUCUUGUCAAUUAGAAAAUAUUUAUUUUGGUGAUGGCGUUUUUAAUGGUUUUACUAAUUUAAAUACUCUUAUUUUGUGUGAUAAUCCAAUUAAUAAAUGGGAAUCAAUUGAUCAGCUUGGUCGUUUGCCUUCCUUGGAAAAAUUAAAUUUGAAAGGAACUCUUUUAUUUGGUUCUAGAGGUGUGGAAAGCAGAGAAAUUGUUAUUGCUAAAUUGCCCAAAAUUAUAUAUUUGGAUAAAUGCGAUGUUUCUUCAUCUUUACGUAAAUCGGCCGAAAAACUUUUUAUUAGUCGUUUUUCUCUUCCUCCUAAUUGUCAGGAGCAUAAAAGCACUUUAGAACGGCUUAAAGCAGCUUAUGGUCUUUCAAAUGAACCAGAAAAGGACGGAAAACCUCCACCAAUUUCCCAAUAUUCUGGCAUCCAAACUCGCCGUCUCUUUUUGUCUUUCGAAGAGAAAUCUACAAUGCGUUCACUUUCAUUGUCAUUACCUCUUCAUAAAGUUGUUGGAUUAGGUGCUCGGUUAUUUGGAUUUGAACCUGAUCAAUUAAAAGGAGUUGAAAUUCAACGUUCAGACCCAAACUUCCCUUCAGAAUUGAUAGCACGGACAAAGGACAAUCUUUUAAGACAAUUUGCACUUGAAGAUGGAGAUACUAUCCGAUUUGUUUAA